UGCACUUUUGUUUUCUCGCGAUUUUAUCCUUUAGUUUUCAUUGUUUUCCAAGUAAUUUCUCUUAUAUUUCUGUAAGAUAUAAUAUCAAUCGUAAUUUCAAAGUGAAAUGUAUGAAAAUGUGCGAAUCCGACAAAAGACCUGGCACUUUUCCGAGCGAACAGUGGUGGCAGCAUGGUAUUGAAGGAUGGAUGAAGGCACAUGUGAAAGAGGAGCCAUGCGAUCAAGUUUCCGAUCAUGCACUUAAUAAAGGAGAAGCUGAAGUCACAAAUGAGGAAAACCAAGUAAAGACAGAGCUGUUGAACAAUGAGUGCAAGAGCAGUGCCGUGGAUGUGCUCGCCGAACUAUACAAGGAUCAUACUGUUAAGGGCGAGGUGGUAUUGGGCCCGGAGCAUCCUCAUCGGCCUGAUGUAAUGCUGGUGGUGCAUGGUCGAGUGUCACCUGAAGCAGACUGCUGUCCAAAUUCUUCUCCCCUGGAUUUUCCCCACCCAGAAUAUGCACUCCCGGACUGCUACGUACGACUAGAACGCCUUCGAAACCACGAGGCGCUCUCCACCAACCAUGGAUCCGCGCAGAACACAAAUACUGGCAUUGAUGAGGAAAUAUAUGUAAAAGAAUACGAAGGGAAGGACCUUACAUGUGAGAAAUGUGGUAAAAGUUUUACCCAAAAGUCUAAUUUGAAGAGACAUGUCAAAAUACAUAUUCAAAAGUCAAAUAUGAAGAAGGCAAAGCAUUGUGCAGAGAAAGGUGUCAAAAAACAGAAAACAAUUCUCACCUCAAACCAAUCACAUAUCCUACGUCAGUGCUUCGUGAAAAUUGAGCGCCUUUCACACCAUACGCUGAUCCGGUUCAAAAAACGGCCUAACGCGCUCAAUCGAUCAACAGUCUACAGUCACAGAGGGGAGAAACAAUCUGACUUAUCACUCAAAAUGAAAACGCAGCUGACAUCAAGAGAACUACAUCUACAAGAGUGCUUCGUAAGUAUCCAGCGCCUCCCACAACAUAUGCUAAAAAUACGACCCACCAUGUUCCUCAAACAAUCAAAUGCUGUUGGUCACACAAGGGAGAAACUAUCUUGCAAAAUUACUAAGCUAACGUCGAGCAAACUACAUACGCUACGGCAUUGCUUCGUGAAAACUCAGCGCCUUCCGCACCAUGCCAAAAAAAUGCGAUCUGUCCUCAACCAAUCACAUGUCGAGAGUCACACAGGGGAGACUCCACCUAAAUCCACAAGCAAAAAAUUUAAGAAACUUAAAACUAACACGCAUAAAAAUAAUGAGAAAAAACGUAUGAUUGACACAAAAUAUGUGUGUGACACUUGUCAUCGCAUAUUUUCACGUAAAGAGGACUUGAUUCAACAUGUUAAGCUUCAUCUUAGAAAUAAUUUGGAGUCAAACGUUAACAGUAGUAUAAUUGACGAGAAAACGCGCGACGUGGAGCAAUUCGGAAUGACUAAUCAGUAUGAACAAAAAAGCAUGGAAGUUAAUACUUCUAGUGUUUCUAAAACACAGCCCGCGUUCGUAAGUAGUUCUACUACAAAAGAAGUCGACAAAAAAUCGUAUUCAUGUAAAAUAUGCAACGGACAGUUCGAAAAAUUGUCACAUUUUAAAAUACAUCGACGACUUCAUUUAGGUCUCAAUGUAUUUACAUGCGAAGUAUGUGACAAGAUGUUUGACAAUUUGAACUGUUUUGAAUCGCAUAAACGAAUUCAUACUGGUGAGAAGCCUUACUCGUGCAAUAUAUGUAAAAAGAGUUACGCCCAAGUGAGUCACUUGAACAGUCACAAACGCGUACACACUGGUGACAAACCGUUUGCUUGCGAAAUUUGUAAGAAACGAUUUGUGUACAGUAAUGUCUUAACUAUUCAUAUGCGAAUUUGGCAUACAGAUAUAAAACCAUAUACGUGCAAUAUAUGUAAUAAACAGUUUAAAACACAAAGUCAGUACAAAAGCCAUGAACGUGUACACACGGGUGAACGACCAUAUUCUUGUGAAAUUUGCGAUAAGCGAUAUAAGUUGAAACAGGCUUUAAAUGUACACGUGCUAUUGCACACUGGCAGAAAGCCGUACUAUUGUGAUGUUUGUGAUAAGUACUUUGCACUUCAAAAAUAUUAUAGAGACCAUAAAUGCCGCGCUAAAAAGCCAUAUUCGUGUGAAGUGUGUUUAAAGAAGUUUAAAAGUCCCUCUUCGUUGAGUAACCACCAAAUUAUGCAUACGCGUAAUAAACCUUAUUCUUGUGAGCUAUGCGAUGAGCGUUUUUUGUAUAAGAGCCAAUACAAUAGGCAUUACUUAAAUCUUCACACUGAUGGGACGUACUAUUCGUGCAAAGUAUGCUAUAAGAUGUUUGAACAAAGCAAAUUUGAGGAACACAAGCUAAUUCAUACUGGCAAAAAAUGUUACUCGUGUGAAUUGUGUGAUCAGAAAUUUUCACGCAGAAAAGAUUUGAGUCUUCAUAAACAAACCCACACUGAUACUGAGUUCACCUGUGACAUAUGCAAAAGAGAAUUGCCCAAUAAGUCGAAAUUGACUAAGCACAUAAGAGCACACAUGGGUGACAAGCCAUUCGUGUGCGAAAUAUGUAAAAAACGAUAUUCACACUUGAACCAAUUGAACAAGCAUAAGAGUAAGCACAUGAAACACAAAACUUACACCUGCAAAAUUUGUAAAGAAGAGUUUACACGAUUAUACCGUUAUCAAAUACAUAGACGAAAUCAUUUGGGUGAAUUUGUUUAUUCUUGUGAAGUGUGCGAAGAAAAGUUUGUAAGUAAAAGUCAUUUUGAAACUCAUAAAAGGAGACACACUGGUGAAAGGCCUUUUUCAUGCGAUAUAUGCGAUAAGAAAUUUGCGGAAAACAGUUAUUUAACCGUGCACAUGCGAAUUCACACCGGGGAAAAACCUUAUAAGUGUGAUAUAUGUGACAAACGAUUUGCACAGUGUGGGGAUUGGAAUAAACAUAAGCGUAUACACAGUGGCAUAAAGCCGUUCUCAUGUGAGACCUGUAAGAAACGGUUUGCGGAUUUGCGUAGUUUGCGUUGCCACACCUACAUUCACACGGGUGAAAGGCCAUACUCGUGUGAACAAUGUAAAAGAAGUUACAGCCAUAAGACCUCGUUACAAGCACAUUUGCGGACCCAUGACCCGUAGUCCUGUGAAUUUGUUAACACUACCAAGAACCCGCCUGGUGGCUAGUGGCCACUCAUAAACUUUUCUCAGAUGCCGGGGAAUCCGCUGUACCGGUUCUCGCCAUACAAGAGGGCGGUUUCUGAAGACGUGCGCCAUUUUUUGCCUGGUAGUGAAUGUGUUAAAUGCUCUUUACUUUUUUUUAUAUGAACCUCUUCCUCAGCACAUUUCAGAUGAAUAUAGUUUUAGUAUUCUAAUAUAUCUCUCUUUCUUAUCAUCAGAAAGUCUGUUUGCUAGUCGGCAAAGGCCUCCUACUUACUUAUAGACGGUCAACCAAAGCUUGGCACAAAAAAAAAUAAUAAAUAAAUAUUGGGGACACCUUACACAAACCAACUUAGCCCCAAACUAAGCAAA